AUGCCCAAGAUGUCCUGGCACAUGUUUUUGUAUUCGGUGCUGCUCCUUUUCUGCGUGCUGUUGGUGUGCUGCGGCGGUACGGCUGUGCAUGCCGAGGAGGGAAAUACGCCAAAGGAAGCGCAAACACCAGAGGCUGUUGAUCUUUUUGUGCCGAGUCAAACGAUUGUGGGAACGCGUGCUGGAAGUGGAACGAGGGUCUUCUUUGUCUCACCUUCUCUCGUCAGUGCUGGUGGAGUUUUGGUUGCGCUUGCAAAGAGCCAGGCCAGACCUGUAUCCUCCGAUACGGGAGAGACUGCGAUCGUUUAUGCUGAUGUUGUGGCGGGGUACAUUGACCCUGCGGAGAGCUGGUCGUCUUUCGUCGCUAACGUCAAUGCAAACGAAUGGAGGGCGUACAGCAUCUUUAACACGACCAUGCGUCAGGAGUAUAUGUCUAUGUCCCGUGUGACAUACGCUGUCCGACCCACAACAAUUGCAAAGGGUAACAAGGUCUUUCUGCUUGCGGGAGACUCUUAUCAGAAGUAUGAUCCUUCAUCAAAGAAGCAGACUGCGCCUUCACAGGGGUUUGAUUUGCUUGUGGGUGAGGCCACGCAAGAUAAAGUCAUCCAAUGGGGCAAACCCACCUCGCUUUUGCCACAGAUCGAACCAUUCGCUAAACGACGUGGCCUGGAGCAGUUUGUUGGUGGUGGUGGCUCAGGCGUUGUGAUGGAGGAUGGCACGCUUGUGUUUCCUGUGACGGCGAGGAGGACACGAGAAAACGACUUUGUCUCCAUGAUCAUUUAUUCGAAGGACGACGGCAAAAAUUGGUUGCUUCCACAGGGAACGGUCUCUGGACGGUGCAUUGCCCCUCUCAUCGUUGAGUGGGAGCGGGGGAAGCUUCUCAUGGUUGUCAAAUGCAAUUCGCUCUCCAAGGUGUUCGAGUCGAGGGACAUGGGGGCAAUGUGGACGGAGGCUGUCACGACACUCACACGCGUGCAGCCCAGGUUUUUACCAAACUCUUUGCGAACAGCUGAGAGAGUGGGGUCCCUCACCACUGCGACCAUUGCUGGAAAGAAGGUCAUGCUGUACACCCAGAAAGGGAUUCCCCCUGGGGACAUGGCGCGAGCCACCGCGCUCUACCUUUGGGUCACUGACAACAACCGCACGUUUCACGUUGGGCCCAUUUCCAUGGACACUAAAGAGAUGCUGCGGUCGACAUCUGCCAACACCCUGCUGCACUCUAACGAUGCAUUGCACCUUUUACAAGAGAGGGUCAGUACAACGACCACAAACCUGAUUUUUUCUUCCCUAACGAAGGAGCUGAAGACGAUUACGUCCGUCUUGGAGACCUGGGCAAAACUGGACUCCUUCCUCUCCAAUUCGUCUGUGCCCACGGCCGGUCUGGUUGGAUUCUUGUCGGAUGCAUCGGGUGAUGGAACUUGGAACGACGCGUACCGUUGCGUGAAUGCAACUGUGACGAAUGCAAAGAAGGUCGAAGAUGGCAUUAAGUUCACGGGGUCCGAAUCAUACGCCAUGUGGCCCGUGAACAUGUGGAAGUAUCACUAUGUGCACGGCUUUGUGAAUCACGCGUUCACGCUUGUGGCGACGGUGACGAUCGAUGAGAUUCCGAACGGGAGUGCUUCUCUGCUGGGCGCGGGCCUGGAGGACAAUGAAAACACAAAGUUUGUGGGGCUGUCGUACACGACGAAGAAACAGUGGGGGACAGUCUUCAACGGCAUGACAACAACACACAGCAGCGCUUGGGAGCCGGGGAAGGAGUACCAGGUGGCGCUCAUGCUGGAGGGCAACGAGGGCUCCGUGUACGUGGACGGCGUGCUUGUGGGGAUUACUAACAAACUACCAACGCUUAAGGCACGGAGGCAUGAUAUCUCUCACUUUUACUUUGGCGGCGGCAAAGACGGCAGUGCGAGAGUGAGGAAUGUUUUUUUGUACAACCGCCCACUGAGUGAGCAGAAACUCAAGAAGGUUGACAGCACCAGUGCAGCUGAGAAGCGUGCAGGUGACAGCACCACUGCAGCUGAGAAGCGUGCAGGUGACAGCACCAGUGCAGCUGAGAAGCGUGCAGGUGACAGCACCACUGCAGCUGAGCAACAUGCAGGUGGCAGCACCACUGCA